GGGUGCCCGCCCUCCGCCGAGCGGCGUCGCCGGCCCAGGGCCGCCCGCGCGCUCCCGCAGACCCGGCGCCGGCGGAGGCGGCCGGCAGCUCCGCGCGGACCCCUCCCCACCCCUCCCCGGUGGCCGGGGCCCGCGGAGCGACCAGGUGAUCGAGCGGGAGGCAGCCGUGGCCGAGGAGUGUGAGGAAGAGGCUGUCUGGGUCAUUAUGUGUGCGUCGGUCAAGUACAGCAUCCGGGGUCCUGCCCUCAUCCCGAGAAUGAAGAUCAAGCACCGCAUCUACUACAUCACCCUCUUCUCUGUCGUCCUGCUGGGCCUCAUCGCCACGGGCGUGUUUCAGUUCUGGCCGCACUCCAUCGAGUCCUCGAGCGACUGGAGCGUGGAGAAGCGCAGCAUCCGCGAUGUGCCGGUGGUCCGGCUGCCGGCCGACAGCCCCGUCCCCGAGCGCGGCGACCUCAGCUGCCGCAUGCACACGUGUUUCGACGUCUACCGCUGCGGCUUCAACCCCAAGAACAAGAUUAAGGUGUACAUUUACUCUCUGAAAAAGUACGUGGAUGACGCAGGUGUCCCUGUGAGCAGCAGCAUCUCCCGGGAGUACAACGAGCUGCUCACAGCCAUCUCGGAAAGCGACUACUACACCGACGACAUCACGCGGGCCUGCCUCUGCGUCCCGGCCAUCGACCUGCUCAGCCAGGACGCGCUCCGCGUGCGGGAGACGGCGCAGGCGCUGGCCCAGCUCUCUAGGUGGGAUCGAGGUACCAAUCACCUCCUGUUCAACAUGUUGCCUGGAGGUCCCCCAGAUUAUAACACAGCCCUGGAUGUCCCCAGAGACAGGGCUCUCUUGGCUGGUGGUGGCUUUUCUACAUGGACUUACCGGCAAGGCUACGAUGUCAGCAUUCCUGUUUAUAGUCCGCUGUCAGCCGAGGUGGACCUUCCGGAGAAGGGACCAGGGCCACGGCGGUACUUCCUCCUGUCGUCCCAGGUGGCUCUGCAUCCUGAGUACAGAGAGGAGCUGGCCGCCCUCGAGGCCAGACACGGAGAGGCAGUGUUGGUCCUGGACAAGUGCACCAACCUCUCUGAGGGUGUUCCCGCCGUCCGAAAGCGCUGCCACCAGCACCAGGUCUUCGAUUACCCGCAGGUGCUGCAGGAGGCUACUUUCUGUGUGGUCCUUCGCGGAGCUCGGCUGGGCCAGGCAGUACUGAGUGACGUGUUGCGGGCCGGCUGUGUCCCGGUUAUCAUUGCAGACGCCUACGUUUUGCCUUUCUCUGAAGUUCUUGACUGGAAGAGAGCAUCUGUGGUCGUGCCAGAAGAAAAGAUGUCAGAUGUGUACAGUAUUCUGCGCAGCAUCCCCCAAAGACAGACUGAAGAAAUGCAGAGACAGGCACGGUGGUUCUGGGAAGCGUACUUCCAGUCAAUCAAAGCCAUCGCCCUGGCUACCCUGCAGAUCAUCAAUGACCGGAUCUAUCCGUAUGCUGCCAUCUCCUAUGAGGACUGGAACGACCCUCCCACCGUGAAGUGGGGCAGUGUGAGCAACCCACUCUUCCUCCCGCUGAUCCCCCCGCAGUCUCAAGGUUUCACGGCCAUUGUCCUCACCUAUGACCGAGUGGAGAGCCUCUUCCGGGUCAUCACUGAAGUGUCCAAGGUGCCCAGUCUAUCCAAGCUGCUGGUCGUCUGGAAUAAUCAGAAUAAAAAUCCUCCAGAAGAUUCUCUGUGGCCCAAAAUCCGGGUUCCAUUAAAAGUUGUGAGAACUGCUGAAAACAAGUUGAGUAACCGUUUCUUCCCUUACAAUGAAAUCGAGACAGAGGCGGUUCUGGCUAUUGACGACGAUAUCAUUAUGCUGACCUCUGAUGAGCUGCAGUUCGGUUAUGAGGUCUGGCGAGAAUUUCCUGACCGGUUGGUGGGUUACCCAGGUCGCCUGCAUCUCUGGGACCAUGAGAUGAAUAAGUGGAAGUAUGAGUCUGAGUGGACCAAUGAGGUGUCCAUGGUGCUCACGGGGGCAGCUUUUUAUCACAAGUAUUUUAAUUACCUGUAUACCUACAAGAUGCCUGGGGACAUCAAGAACUGGGUGGAUGCUCAUAUGAACUGCGAAGACAUUGCCAUGAAUUUCCUGGUGGCUAACGUCACAGGGAAAGCUGUCAUUAAGGUAACACCACGAAAGAAAUUCAAGUGUCCUGAGUGCACGGCCAUCGAUGGGCUCUCGCUAGACCAGACGCACAUGGUGGAGAGGUCUGAGUGCAUCAACAAGUUUGCUUCUGUCUUUGGGACAAUGCCUCUUAAGGUGGUGGAGCACCGAGCUGACCCCGUCCUGUACAAGGACGACUUUCCUGAGAAACUGAAGAGCUUCCCGAACAUCGGCAGCUUAUGAAACGUGCUGCUGGUGGAGGUCUGAACACUAAUCCCAGGCAGAGGAGGAGAACACGGCCCCCCAGCGCUGAUACCGGAUUUCAGAGUGAGAGGUUGGCAUGUGCCCGCCCAGCCCGCUUUCCCGAGAGCAAGAGCCCAGGGAGGACAUCUGAGCACGUCAUGCAUCCUCAGAUGCUCUUGGUCGGUUCUUUCUGAGAACUCCAGAUGGAAGCCUUGUGGCAGGCUCCACGGGUAAGGGCAGCUCAGGUGUCCUCUGUUUGCAGCUCAGUACAAGAUCCUCUAGGAAACUUCACUGGCUAUAAGACUGCUGAGAAACCUCCAGCCCAUUUCAGAUUUGGGGAAUCAUGUAAGAGGUACCUGUUUCUCACUUUUCAUUAUUUCAAAUCAGUGGGUUCUUCAGAGGAAAAGCCACGCCCAGAAUUUGGUACAAAAUCCAAACAUCUUAGUGGCAUUUGAUGCCUUGGGACAAUGGGGCACUGGCCUCAUGUGGAAGAAGAACACCAGCUGCUGAGAUGGGACGUAUAAGUUCCGUGAACUCUCUCUCUUUGCUUUGGCUUUUUGGUAUGAUUAAAAUUAUUUUUUAUUCCAUA